UUUCCGUUUCUAGUGGGUCAUAUAUACAAAAGCAAAACAAAACAAAAAUCGUCAAAAUUACGACAAUGUUUUGUAUAAUAAGAAACCAUACCCAUGUGAUUGGUUACAGAAUACAAUUCUAACUUUUUAUUAUUUUUAAAUACGGAUCUCCAUUUUUUUUUUUAAAUAGCUUGAAAGUAUUUGGGAUAUAGAUUAUAGACUAACCGAAAAGAAGGUAGAAAGAGACAAGAGAGUGAAGAAGCAUUGAAUCAACCAAAACACUAACACUAGAACACCUUUUCUCUUGAAACACUAAAAACUAAAGUCACUUCACCAAUGUCUAACAAGAGCAUAUCUCCAAUUUUCCCAAUGCUCCAAUCUCAACAUUUUAGCGAUUAUGGCUUCGAUCCCCAGAUCCAUUACUUUCAGGUUUUGGAAGAAGCAAAGAAACACAAGUCUUCCUCCAUUGACACAUUUCAGUUCAAACUUCAAAAACCUAUCUCGAAAGACGAUUUGAUCCGAACCACUCUCCACAACAAGAACAAGAACAAGAAGCGUUGGUUAUGGUGCAAGAACGCUUUGUUCUUCUUUAAGUGGCGGAAAUGGCCAAUCUCCUCUGCCGUCGUUGGAAGAUGCUCCGGCGAAAACGACGGAGACAAUGAGUUCGACGAUCGUAGCGAUGUUCAUUUUGCUAGAGCUAGAAAUUUUCGAGCUGGUUCGAUAUCAGGUCCGGUUUACGUGACAGAGAGUUGGAGCGGUUCGAGUACACCAUACCGGCCGAUGACUACGACGUCGGCAGUUCAGUAUUUGAGUCUACGGGAGCUUAAUAUGGAGCGACAGCAGAGGAUCACUACCUCUUCUUCUAUGUCCGGUCCAAUUUACUUGGUCACGUGAAUAAAAACAUCAAUUUGCAGAAUUAUCCUUUUAUAGGAUCAAAAAAGGAAAAAGAAAUUAAUAAGAUUUGUUUUGGGAGGUGUGGAAGAUAAGUUUAGAUUUGGUUUGUGGGCCUAAUGGGCCCAAUUGUUUUAUAGGAUAUGAUGAGUCCAUUACAUAAGUGUGACUGGGUAGCUUAAGGUAAUAAUAACCAGCUCCCGUUAUUUGUUGUUUCUUUCCGUUGGUUGAUGCGAGAUAAUUAUAAACUGUUUUAGGUGUUUUUUAUUUACCUAAUUUUUAUAAUAUUGAAGUUUAUAUUA